CUGGGAAGCUCCCUCAGCUCAAGCACAGGGGGGCAAGAGAGGUGACACACUUCCGGGUGUGCAUCUACGUGCUCUUCUCUAUUCCGCACGUCCUGACUUAAAUGUACAGCUAACCCAGGAAAACCCAAUAUUUUUAAUAUUGACACCAUCUGCACAAUUGUCCAGGGGGAAAUAAUGCCCGUUUCCCCCACGAUGACACACUUGCAAAUGUGUCACAGUCUACCGCCACCCCUUGUACUUCCAGGGAUUAGACAUUAUUUCAGGGUAACGACAGCUUCUUCCUAAGAGCUUCCACCAAUCUUCUCCCCCUUCCUCUACCUUCAGUUUGGUUGUGAAAUCAGUUAACCCAAGGGAAAUUUUCUCAGCUCUUCACUUCUGCUUUUUAAGACUAUAAAACAAGAGAGGGAAAAUAGUGGAUAACAAACCCUGCGGUGGCUCGAGGCAUAACAGGCUGAUCUGGGAUCCUCUCCGGCCAGGCUUCCUUGUGCAAGUGUCUGAAGCAGCUAUGGCAACAGUUCCUGAACUCACCUGUGAAAUGACACCUUUUGACAGUGAUGAGAAUGACCUGUUCUUUGAGGUUGAUGGACCCCAAAAGAUGAAGGGAUGCAUCCAAGCCCUUAACCUGGGCUAUCCAGAUGAGAGCAUUCAGCUUCAAAUCUCGCAGGAACAUAUCAACAAGAGCUUCAGGCAGGUGGUGUCACUCAUUGUGGCUGUGGAGAAGCUGUGGCAGUUACCUGUGUCUUGCCAAGGCCCAUGGACCUUCCAGGAUGAGGACCCGAGAACCUUCUUUUCCUUCAUCUUUGAAGAAGAACCCAUCCUCUGGGACUCAUGGGACGACGAGGACGUGUUACUCCACGACGCUCCCAUUAGACAGCUGCACUGCAGGCUCCGAGACGAACAACAAAAAAGCCUUGUGCUGUGUGAACCAUGUGAGCUGAAAGCUCUCCACCUCAAUGGACAGAAUAUAAACCAACAAGUGGUAUUCUCCAUGAGCUUUGUACACGGAGAAACAAGCAAUGACAAAAUACCUGUGGUCUUGGGCCUCAGAGGAAAGAAUCUAUACCUGUCUUGUGUAAUGAAAGACGGCACACCCACCCUGCAGCUGGAGAGCGUGGAUCCCAAACAACACCCAAAGAAGAAGAUGGAAAAGCGGUUUGUCUUCAACAAGAUAGAAGUCAAGACCAAAAUGGAGUUUGAGUCUGCGCAGUUCCCCAACUGGUACAUCAGUACCUCUCAGGCAGAGCACAAGCCUGUCUUCCUGGGAAACAACAGUGGUCAGGACAUAAUUGACUUCACCAUGGAACCUGUGUCUUCCUAAAGUAUGGGCGGAACUGUUUCUACUGCCUUCCCCAGGACAUGGUAAGGAGCUCCCUUGUCGUGAAUGAGCAGACAGCUCAGUCCUCUGCCAAGCCAGCUCACUCACCAUGAGAAACUGUGGCACAUUCUGUUCUAAGAAAGCCUGUGGUUUCUUCCUUGCCUCUGAUGGGUGACUACCUAUUUAUUUAUGUAUUUAUUGAUUGGUUGAUCUAUUUAAGUUGAUUCAAGGGGGAUGUGAGGCAGCAUUGUUUACAAAAGAAUCUAGUGGUCAGUGUGUAUGGAAUAAAUUGAAUUUGGACCAGUGCAUAGCCUGCACUGAGCCCUUUCAUUGAAGCUGAGAAUAAAUAGGUUUCUAUUAUGUGGAUGAGAAUUUUAUGAAAGAAGCACUAGCACAUUGUUUUGAUUACUAUGAAAUAAAUUUCACUA